CAUCGACGCUAUUCACAUAUAUACGCAGACAACAACAAUGGAGUUUGAAGUGAUUGGGAUCUAAAAUGGACGGGCAUGAUCUCUAUGUCGCCUUUCAGUGGUGUCUUUUUGUCUUCCAUGUAAUCAAGCCAAACGUUCCCAAUUUCAGAUUCAUCUCAUUUAUUGCUUUAUUAACUCCUUCGAUCCACAACAACACGAUCUGCCAUUAUGCAUUAUGUCUUCUCUAAGGCGGUGAAUAGUUGUAUACACCUAUAAAAAUGUUAGCCUUCUUCACUUUAUCAUCAUUCUCUCAAACCCUAAAACAACAAAGAAAACUUAUUUCUUCAAAUGGCUAGCUCCUCUAAUCCGACGUCAUGUUCUUCCACUGUCGAGGUUAAGCUUCCGUGUUUAGUUUUAACCGGAAGUUCACCGUAUGUAAAGGUGUCGCCUUCUUCGUUAAGGUGCUUACUUAUUCCUCCUAGGGAUCCCAUUCUCAGUCACCACCACGCCGUUGCUCAUGAAGGAUUUGGAUUCCCUUGCUUGAUUCUUUCAGAUCUUAUGUCGUUUCCUGCAAGAUUCAGACAAGAUGCUUACGACAAGGACGCUGAUGAUGAUGGCAAAACUGUUAUUGUUGCAGUCGUUGAUAGUGAUUAUUUAAGGAGGAGCUUCGCUGAUGUUCUUAAAUUUUUACCAAUAACUGAUUCUGUGACAAAGCUAACCGCAAGGUGUGAGGUUUGUGGACAGAAAGUUUUUUUCACUGUGAGGAAGACUUGUGACACCAGAACUGAGCUGAUCGGUGGGGCUGAUGUCUAUAUCCUCGUUUUUCUUAAGCAUUAUAUCAAUAAUCAAAUUGUCAUCAAAGCUUCAAAGUAAGUUUUGGAUUUUCACAAGGCAAGAGCUGGACACCUGUGUGGAGACAGUUGCUGCUAUGAUCUAACCAUGACUUGCUGUGAAACGCACUAAACAUAUACUAUAGUGAGAUUUUGUUCUUUGA